CAGAUCGGCAAGCCGGGUGGGAGCACUGCGACUAGGUGGCAACGCCGCGCUAGUCACUCGCACGCAAACAGCUCGCUGGAGAGAGAGAACACGAACACACAAAAGGCAAUAGUAGUUUUCCGUACGAAUCGAGCCCAGCCCAGAAAAGCGGAAAACGGAACGGACUUGCAAGCGGUUGCAAUUUUCCAUAAACUGAGUCAUCCAACUGCACAACAUGCAAACCAUCAAGUGCGUGGUCGUUGGCGACGGAGCCGUGGGCAAAACCUGCCUGCUCAUCUCGUACACAACCAACAAGUUUCCAUCGGAGUACGUGCCCACGGUCUUUGAUAACUAUGCGGUCACCGUGAUGAUCGGCGGCGAGCCCUACACACUGGGCCUGUUCGAUACGGCCGGUCAGGAGGACUACGACCGGCUGCGUCCGCUCUCCUACCCACAGACGGAUGUCUUCCUCGUCUGCUUCUCGGUGGUCAGUCCCAGUUCCUUUGAGAACGUCAAGGAGAAGUGGGUGCCCGAAAUCACACACCAUUGCCAAAAGACGCCGUUCCUGCUGGUGGGCACACAGAUCGACUUGCGUGACGAGACCAGCACGCUGGAGAAGCUGGCCAAGAAUAAGCAGAAGCCCAUCACCAUGGAGCAGGGCGAGAAGCUGGCCAAGGAGCUGAAGGCCGUCAAGUACGUGGAGUGCUCGGCCUUGACACAGAAGGGCCUGAAAAAUGUAUUCGACGAGGCCAUCCUGGCCGCCCUGGAGCCGCCAGAGCCCACAAAGAAAAGGAAGUGCAAAUUCUUAUAAUUCUCCUCCCCCCACAUGAUGUGUCCCCUUGUUUCUGGCUUUCUACUAUCGCAAUGACUCCUUCAGCCUCCCGUCGAGAAGCGUUCAAUAUAUACCCAUAUAUAUAUAUAUACAUAUAUAUAUACAUAUAUGUUUUGAUUAUGUUAUUCUGCAAUCGCUUCUGCCGGAGUCCAGUCCAGUAGUGCCCUCCAUCUGCCUAUGUCCGUCUCUCUCUGUCUAUUUCUUUCAUUAUCCGUAUUUGUGUCAGUACUGUCCGUAUGAUCAGCCUAAAAUAUCGUCGGAUUUUAUGAUUUAAACACUGUCCCAGCUGACUGGGCAGUUGCUUUUAACCCGGGACAGUCUUCCGCCCCUUUAAACUUCAACCUCGAUCCUAGCCAGAACCUAAUCCCGCCCAGCAAGUGAAAUCAAAUCAAAAUCCAGACUUCAUUUCUGCUCGCAUUCUUGUUUUUGGCGCAAUUUUCUUAUUAAGAGAGAAAACACAAUAUCAAUAUAGCGAAAACAAAUUAUUUAAUAUAUUUCUUUAUAUAUAUAUACAAGAAUUAAGAAGGAACAACAAAAUAUAACGUAUAAUAAAACAAAAAAAAACUAAACAAAACAAAACAAACAGAACAAAAGAACAAACAAAACAAAAAAAGGAAGAACGAGAAGAACCAUGCAAUUUUUUUGUUUUGCAGUCGAUAAACUGCAAUGUGAAAAAUAAGCAAAGUCGCGAAGAUUAAAUAAAAUAUUUAUGAUAACUGA